CUCAACCUUCGACCGAGGGACAAGCAAAGCAACAUGUUCUCGGUGCCGUUCGUCCCAGACACAGUAAAUGUCUUUGGAGUGGACGUGCCUACGUUCGCCCUGGCGGUUUUCUUCGGUGCCGGGUUGCUGGCCGUGUGCGUGUUCUGCUGCUGUUCGAAACACUGCGGGUCAGAGGACCCACCGACGAGCGAAAGCUUCAAAUGGCCCAGCAGCUCAAGGUUUUUGAAAAUGGUUGACCCUCGCAACCCGCCCAAGCUUUUCGUCAACCGAUACGAGGACCCGAUAAGAACGGACGUGCUCGUUCUGGAUGAAGAGGCCAAUUGGAUCGUGACGUACCAACCAAGUGGCGGGCGGCACGAGAUUGUUCAGCACAUGUACCUCCGGUUCAGGGAAGGAGCUGUCUAUGGAGUGGGGUUCGAGGAAGGUCGGAAGGCUUGCAAGAUCUCGGGAAAGUACAAGCGCAACGAAGGAGCGAACCAGAUGGCUGUGGUCAUGACAUGCAGGUUUUCAAACGAUGUCGACACCGUCAUGUUUCACGGUUCGGGAAACGGGACGGGGCUGGUGGGAAACUGCUACAUCCGCGAGCUCGACCGCUUCUCCUCUUUCUCGCAAAUCCUUACCACGCCUACGGAACAUGGGCGCGACCAAAUACAAGGCAUCGUUCCUGAUGCUCAAGAUGGAGGGCAUGGGAGACACUCAUAUACGCGCUCGGCUUCACACUAGUAGGGUGCAGAAAUGGGCCGGGAACCUAUACCCCGACGAUGCGAUACCUCUGCCGGUAUCUAACAAGCGCUCGUCCGGCGGAGCCAGACGGGGCGAGGCGACCAGCCCGGGCCCAGAACCCUUCGCUCCCGACGAGGACUUGGGCGGCAUCGGAAGACCAAGGGCUACCACCGCCAGCACGAGGAGGGCGCUCUCUCGAAGACGCCGGGGCAGCGACAGCGUCGCCAGCGGUGGGGGCGGCGGCGGCAGCGGUGGCAUGAGCAUGAAGAAGGUCCUAGGGUACUUCCCUAGCUUCGGCAGGAGAAAAUCUCGCUCAUCGGCACCACCAGGACCCACUCCACCCGCCUCUGCGCAUUCGACCACCUCGACCAACGAGCUUCCCCCCUGGGUGCUCACGGGAGAGGAAACAGGAUCGACCCGUGGGGGCGGCGGCGGCGGCGGGCGGACGGACAGCAGAAGUGCAAAAGGCUACACCUACUCCAUCGCGCCUUCGUCGGCCGCGGGGGCCCCGCGGACGUCCUCGCAACCGUCCAACCCUUACCUCCCAGAUGAUGCGAUCCCGGGCAGGUCUAUGGUUUAAAUCCCCGACGACCAUCUCCGGUGCUUCGCAACAAGGACAUUACACGCGGGANGGGGGGGGGGGGGGGGGGGGGGGGGGGACAACAACUCACCAAGGGAUGGGAGGUGGGUAUGCAUCUAGACAACAAGGCGGAUGUCCCUUGUUUGUGUGAGCUCUAAGGCUACGCGGGGGUGGGGUUUCCGUGGCGGCUCCAACGGCAAGCUUCUUAUCUGGGAAUGACGGCUGCAGUGUAUAUGAUUGACCGAGCAGUGCCCAUGCAUCGGCAGAUGAUGGUGCGCCUUUGUUCUGGUUGAGAAUGGGUACCGUUGACAGCGAGGGAAAGUUGGAAUAUUAUCGCGGGGAUGUGUAGUCGAGUGUCGUCAAUGACGACAAUUGUGCAUGGUUUCUGAGUUACAUGGUGAAAGAAGUUUUUGUGACUGUUAUUGUGCUUCAGAGUGGUGGCGGUAGUGGACGCCACUUCAGUCUAGAAUAAUCUCUGCCCGUGUGUGCUCCUUCCUCUUCGCAAGUGAUGCACACGAUGUAUGGUUAUCAUCCAGCGAGGCUUCGGCGGCGUGGAUUUUGCAAUAUGGGUACACGUAGUUUCCUUUUAACACUACGAUAGCCAUUGAAUCAUUGAAAUACAGGAAAAAUGCUUUCCCAGUUAGGACCAGGCACAACAACAAUGUGUUGGUUUGGUGCUAAGUAUUUUCUGCAAACAGGUUCCUGAUGGGCUAUCGCCUUUUCGCGAAAGGAAGCAGAACAAUAUGCGAAAUACAAUUAGUGUAUUCAAAAGUUUGUGUGUAGGGCACCCACACGUGGAAGCCGGCGUGACUGAACGAAUGAAGAAGUCGGGAGUUGGUUGUGUUCUUGUCACCAGGGGGGUGGGUGUGUGACUGCCGCGAAUUACCCCUCCUCGGGCGUAGUUUAGAAAUGACAAGAGAUACAUUCCGCACCUACGUGUACACUCCACGCGUUUGGCCGUCACAAUGGUGCAAUGCACUAUCAGCAUCAUAGAGGGCUGCAGAAGAAGCAGAGUGAAAGUUUGGAUAGUUAGCGCCCACACAUAAGAACCCGGGAGCUAAGACAUCCAGGCUAAAAAACUACGGAGUACUUCGUAGGAACUUCAAAAACUUGGCACAAAACAAGUCAGGUUGGUUUAGGCAAGAAUUCCAAACUUAAACCCAUCCACUAAAACCUACUAGGUGCUUGUUCGCGAUAUCAGCCAACUGGUACUCGCUGGGCCGGUGGUGAAGAGUGAUGGUGCUCGCUGGGCCGGUGGUGAAGAGUGAUGGUGCUCGCUGGGCCGGUGGUGAAGAGUGAUUUGUCCCCGCAGUACUAGCUCCCGGAAGAAAAAGUACCUCAGGGCCACGUGCUUCGUGCGUUGAGAGUGCAUGGCAUUCCCGGCCACUGUCAGCGCUCCGGUGCUGUCGCUGUUGAUGGGAACCGAUCCGAAGGUCUUGAAGUUGAGUUCCGUCAUUAAAAUUUGAGAUAUAGACCACCUCUCUGGCUGAGUAGUUAAGUGCUUGAAUCUCGGCUUCGACCGUGCUUUGCGGGGUUAGAGUUUGAGUCUUCUCACCGUAGCUGAUGAGUUCUCCAGCCAGGAAGAAGAGAUAUCCCGUGGUAGAUCUUCCGUUGUCGGGGUUUGCUCCGAAGGAUGAAUCCCUAAACGCCGCUAGCCGAAACUGUCCUCUCCUGUGUACGAUAGGAAGAACUUGAUUACCCCGAAGGUAUCGCAGAACGUGCUUGGCUGCUGUCAUGAUCACUUGGGCUGAGUUGCUGCAGGCCUUGCGUAAGACAGGUCGAAUCGCGUGCACUGGGCCAGGUAGAGGAUGCUUCCCGUCAUCGACUGGUAGAUUUUCUUGUCCGUGGGUCCUAGGAUUUGGUCCUGAGGUUGAUUCGUGGAAAUUUCCGCUCCGUAUCCAGGAGUGCUCACUGGGUUGGCCUCUUGCAUUCCGAACCGUUCCAGAAGUGUGUUCAUUUAGUGCUCCUGUGAAAUAGCCAGGGUUCCUUGCUCAAAGUCCCGCUCUACGUCGAUCCCGAGGAUCCGCUAUACCUCUCCCAUGUCGGUCAUCUCGAAUCGAUCCGUGAGCUCCUUCUUCUUCUGAUCCACGAGUUUCUGGUCUCCUCCCGUGAUGAGAAUGUCGUCUACGUAGACCGUGAGAAUCACGAUGAUGUUGCCGCCGGUAUACACGUACACGCAGGGGUCGGAUUGAGUCUUUUUCCAUCUGAACACUGUGAGGGACUCGUCCAGGGUGUCGUUCCAGAGCGCCGGUGACUGUGAUAGGCCGUAGAGGCUCCGUUCUAGUUUGUACAAAUCGAGUUCUCCUGUUGCGGAGUUCUUGGCGGAUGUACCAGGGGCGGGUCUGACCUACACGUCUCUGUCGCAGAGGGCGUUUAGGAAGGCACCGACAACGUCCAGUUGGUAGAUGGGCCAGUUGUUGUGGCAGCCAAUGGCGCACGUCAUGCGAAUGCUCCCGAUACGGCAUACUGGGGCGUAGCUGCGUUCGUAAUCCUGUCCUGGCCCUUGACGAUGUCCUUCGACUACCAGGCGAGCUUUGAACCGUCCGUCCAGCUUUUCUUGAAGACGAAUUUCGUUGCGAGAAUCUUCUCUCCCUUGGGAACGCUAGUGAGGGGCACCAGAGUGUAGACGAUGUGUUUUCGCAGAUUGUCCAUUUACUUGCUGCACGCUCCUUUCCAUUCUUCGCGGUAGGGAGAACUCAUGGCUUCGUCGUAGGUGUUGGGGAUUUCGAUCGCUUGAUUCGUCUCUUCCAAGAUCCCGGGUGGUCGUGAGUGGUCGUGACGUAGGCGUGAGCACGCGGCACCGUGAAGGGGUCGUCCGCCACGUGGGCGAAAUUCUCAGUAUCGCCAGGGCAUGGGAGUUGGGCUUGAUCGGCUAUCUCAGCCAGCUGAGUGAAGGAAAACCGGAUGGCUCCACGCGGUCCGUUGCAGCUUGGGCUCGACCGCGGUCGUUCAUGGUGACUUGCAGAUUGGCAGGAACCACGUUAACGUCGAGCUAAUCGUCGCUGGUGGGCUUCCCGCGCGUGCUAGCUCUGGUGACUUGCACGCGCCGCAUGCCGAAGGAUUCAGUUGAUGCAGAAGUGCCCGGUUCAGACGGGUUCGACGAUGAUGGGCUGGGGCUAGAUGCGUGGGCUUUGGAUGACGGUCCAGCUGGCGUCGACGAGAGAUGCGGUGAUGGGGCGUCCCCGUCGCUGACAUCUUGCCUGUUUCCAUGUUCGUCCUCGUUCCCGUCCAGUCCUAGGCGAAGCUCCUCCCAAGCGAGAUAGUCUUGCUGCAUCUUCCGGACUUCUUGCCGAAGGAGUUCGUUCUGCGCUGUGAAGUCCAGGUCGCUCGUUGAGCGGGGGCUGUCCUGCAGGGAGGUGAAGCUCAGCACGUCGCUCUCGUACCCGUGUGCUUCAGUGGAAUGCUGGAAUGGCACUGACCGGGGUGGAGAUUCGAUGAAAGCCGGCUCUCGACCACGGCCUCGUUGGAUGGAUUGAAUACCCGGUAGGUCUGGCUAUCGAGGCCGAAACUACAUAGCUUGCCUUCGGAAGCUCUGCCGUCCAGCUUCUUUCGGUAUCGCUCGUGGUGAACGAAGGCGCGCGCUUCAAUGACCCGAAGUCCCGAGAGUUCAGGUGACUUAUUGUGCAACUUCGAGUAUGGCGUAGCUCCCCCCAGUGCUGAGUGGGGGGACCUGUUCAACAGGUAUGCUGCAGUCAGCAAUAACUCCCCCCACAUGGACGGCGGAAAAUCUCCAUCCUUGAGAAGACACCGGGUGACUCUGGCCAGGGUUUGUCCGUCCCGUUCCGAUACACCAAUUUGUUGAGGGGUGUUGGUGGCGGCGUAUUCGAGCUUGAUAGCUGAAUUUUUGCAGUAGUCCCGUAGUUAGGAUCCGGUGUUCUCGCCUCCCUUGUCGCAGCGGAUGGUCUCGAUCCGGUAGCCUCCUGCCGCUGUGACGCACAUGUGUUACGUGUGCACCGACUCGGUCGUGUCAGAUUUCUUGCGAAGCAGGUACACUUUUUUCAUUUUCGUGUAGUCGUCGGUGAUCUUGCACGCGUUCGGAAGUAGCCUCCUUCAUAUUUCACAGGUGGAUGAACAGGCCCCAUGUUGCCGAUGACCACAAGUUGUCCAGGCCGUGAUAGUUUGCGAGUCGAUUGCUUCGGGUGGGGGGGCUGCUUGUGUUUCGCGAUUUGGCAGGCCCCGCAAGUGGAGAGACUGUCGCGAUAGUCCACCCCUGUGCCCGUGUCCUUCCAAAGGAUGUCCAGGCUCCGAGCAUUAAGAUGUCCAAGCCUCCUGUGCGAAGGUGUCCGCGCUCACAAGCGUAAAGCAGACGGCGUUCGCCGUGUGGGUCUGUGACUGCUUCUGGUGGGGUACGAAGGAUCUCGUGCCAGAUGACUGGACGUUCUGCUCGAACGUGAUGUCGAGGGUGCACUUGCCUUGGUCUCGCGGAUCUUGUGUGAGUGGAAUCACCUUGCCUUGAAAAGGGAGGUGCGGAGUGCUCUCUUCGACGACGCAGCGCAAUCCCUUUUUCAGGAGGGAGGUGGGCGAAAAAAUGUUGCGACCAAGCCUCCGGAACAACGAGUCCCUGAAUCCGCACGCGCAAUUGUUGUCCUCGAUUGUCCUUGACGGUGCAGUGUAGGAUGCGCGUGGCCGUGCCUGCGAGUUGGCUUUCUCCGGCCACGUGGACGAUCUUUGGAGAGUUUCGCUGGGUGAAAUCGUAAUGGUUUCCGUCGGGGAUGAGGCGAUUGUCAAACAUGGUCUCCGAUGCUCCCGUGUCUGCCAGCAGUCCUACCCCGGUGGAGCUCGCGGCAAAGUUGCGUCCUGAGAUGCGGGAACACGUGGCGAACAUGAAGCCGCUGUCGAAGGCGUCCUCGUCCCGGGUGAAGUCGACAACUGCCACUUCAUUGUUUGAGUCGUUCUUGUUGGACGCCGACGAGCAGUGAGUGCAGUCGGAGCACGCGGUGAAUGCUUGACUUGAGUCCUUGGUGUCUUUCUGGGCGCUUUCCUCCUUGUUGGUAGCAUUCCUCGUCCGAGUGAGACGUAGUGUUGUGCUUGGAACACCACUUGGUAGCUCCGGCGGGCUUCGUUUCUUCUUCGCCCUGUUCUUGAUCUUGGGGCAGUUCCUCCUGAUGUGCCCCGGCUCGUAGCAGCUGUGGCAGAUGAUGUAAGACGCGGUCGUUGCCAUGGCAAAUCCUCGACCAGCUAUGCGUCCCUUCCAUCCCUUGCGCGAUUGUUCGUCCAAGAAGAUGUUGCGCAUGGUGGAUUGCAUAUCCGGGACGUUGAAGUUUGGGUCCCUGAACACCAUCAGUUUGACGUCCUUAUAUUCGUCGGAGAAGCCCUGUACGCAGAUGUCCUUGAAGCGGCGGUCGGAGAUGGAUUCUCCCAUUUUAUCCAGCUGGGUGCGAAGUAGGUGCUUCUGGUUGAAGUAGUCGUCGGGAUUUUCACCAGGGUUCAUGGGGUUGUUCUCCAGCUCCUCCAUCUUCGCCCUGAUGACCUCGUCCGUUACCCUGUCAUAGUUGUUGCAGAGCUCCUCGAAGGCAGCUUGUCCGUCGCCGCUGAUGCCAGUGUCGUCUUCAUGCUUCUGUACCGACAAGGCGGCUGGAAGUUCCACUAGGAGGACAAGAACGGCGUAGAGAUCUUCGUUUGCCCUUGUGUAGGAGUCGAAGGCCGCUGUGUCUGCGGGAUCUGGCUUCCUUUGUUUCUUCAGUAGUGGCAGGAUGUCCUUCCUGGUCACGCCUAACACCACGCAGAAUUUCUUCAUUCAUGUCUUGAACUCAGCUGUGGGUCCUUUCCGUCGAAUUUCUUGAGGCCUUUGAUCACGGUCUCCAGGUUUGUAGAAAUAUCGCUGGCGAACGCGCUUCCACCUCCUGUGUUGCUCGUUGCGGUAUCCAUUGCUCGUUCCAGCUUCAUUUUCUUCGUCUUGAUAGAAGAACUUCCUGCUGCAGGAGUAGUUUGCUCGUGGUACUACUGCCUGUACCCGAGACUUCCCCACCCCGUUCCUGCUACUGAUCUAGAGGACUCCGGUUGUGGCUUUCUUGUUUCCGAUCCCGCUCCAUUCUACUGAUAUAAAGAACUCCGGUUGCUGAUCGCCUCCACUGAUGAUACAGUGGAGUUCCUUAUACACCCGAUGCGUAUGUCGCUCGAACCUCCCGCGCACGUGACCCUUGCUGCUAGUUAACCACAGAGGUAUGUUAAGGAGGACCCGAUUCGCAGGGUAACCGUCGAUUGACUUUUACCUGAAUCGGUACACCUUCACAAAUAGAUGGCGUCAGCUGGAUACUGGUUCGAAUCUCCUUGGGUGCACACUUUUUCUUCUGACUUGGACAUUUUCCCAUGGACACAAUGUGUGUCAGUCCUGAGAACACCUCUUGGAGUCGAUCCUACAAAGAACCUUGUGACACUUCCAUCGAAUUACCCAUCCUGGCCACAAAAGGUUCCCAGUUGAGGGUAAAUUCUGU